UGGUCUAUUCGUUUUAACUAGAAAAUACGUAUUUUAAAAAAAGAAAGGUAAUUUUACAGCUGUUGACAUGCGUUGUCUCAUAUUCGCCAGUCAACACCAGUUGCCAGCAGCCUUCCUAUCCCGAUUUCUCCCUCACGCAACCAGUCUCGAUCCUUUUUAUCGGUAUCUCAUCAACUAAUGUCCCGCACCUGAGGUUAUUCAGCCUCGGACACGCCUCCCAAUCACUACAAGCAUGUUAUACAGAACAUGUCUGCUGAUAGCUUUGGGAUUACUGCGUUUGCUGCGCCUAGAAACGUUUGACAUGCUUGGAAGACUGACGAGGUGCCGCUCUAGAAACGGGAAAAAGAAAUGUCUGCGGUAUUUCCGGUAGACCUUUCCCAGUAAACAUUGACAAGCAAAGGAACAAGGAAGUUAAGAAGUUGAGGUUUUCACAAGCGAUAGUUUAUCGAUUACUGAGCAGUCGCCAGGCUGUACUAGAAGCGAUAUACAGGGAUAUGUCGCGAGUGGGUAAUCCUAAUUAGUGCAAGAAAUCGAUAUAUAUAUCUUUUUUUUUUAUUUUUAUUUUAUUUCUUUAUUUUUUAUUUUUUUAAAGCGAGUACUCGCUACUGACAAAUUCCUCACCAUGAGCGAACCGAGCCGUAGAAUCUGCAAAAUAGUUCUUCGGAUUUUUAGCCAGUUGCUUUGGCUUGCUGCUCUAGUGAUAGCCCUAAGUGGUAUUUUCCUCCUGAUUAAUUUCAAGCACUACCGACUGUUCUUCGAGGAUGAAUACAUCAUCCUUCCAGCACUCCUGGCUGUCAUAGCGGCCUUGUUUCUUCUUGCUGCUGGUAUUGCUGGCUGUUGUGCAUCAGAGAAAGAAUCGCCAUGUCUUCAGGGCAUUUUUGUGUAUUUUCUCAUCAUCGUGUUUUGCUUGGAAGCAACUGCAGCAACUUUAUCUUAUAUCAACGUUGAAAAGAUGGGAUCGGAGCUGGCUCCGUUUGAGAGGGUCUUUCACCAGUACAAUGGCAGCAGCAAGGACCCUGAUACACAGGCUGUGGAUUUCUUACAAAAAGAGCUCCAUUGCUGCGGAUUGCAUGGCUUCCAGGACUGGCAGACAAGCCCAUGGUUUAAUGAGAGCGGGCACACCAGGGUACCGCUCAGCUGCUGCAACUCGACUUUCACCAACUGCACCGGAAGUGUUGACCAGCUGGGACUGCUCUUUACAAAGGGCUGCCAGGGGAAGCUGGAAAAUGUUCUGUCGUUCAUUCUGCAUUUAAUACUCUGGUCUUCGGUAGGUGCGGCUGGGAUUCAGGUUGUGGGGCUCGUCAGUGUGUCUGUACUAAUGAGAGAGUCCCCGCUGCAGGAAUAUCGAAUCUUGGACAGAGAUCCCUUUUCCUAAAUCAUGGUGAAUGCAGGGACAGCAUCGCCCUUCAUCCCUUCAAACACAAUGGCGAUGUAUAUCAUGAGGAAGUGUUGUAAAUGUGUUUAAAUAGGUUUCAAAUUACUGUGUAAUAUUAUUGGGCUUUCAUCAUGCUACAACCCACUGAUUCCUGCUGGCUUGUGCAGUUUGUCUUUAUGCAGGGCAGCACAGUAGCAAUUUUAUGGUAUAUAUUAAAAAAACAUACUGAUUA